CCCAAUCCCUUCCUCUCUCCCUCUCCCACAGUCACCGAGGCAGGCACUUGUGGAAAAUGAAAUCAAUCAAGGAUAAACACACACUUUCAGCUCCCCGGGAGAGCGAGAGGGGGGCGAAACACAAAGGCCAUCUGCGACCGCUGACCACUGACCAGACCAGUGAAGUCACAAAACAGACGGAAAGAUCUAGUCAAGGCUGACAAUGAGAGCGGACCCAAAGGACUACCCCAUCCAGUCUAGGACAGCACCCGGUUACCCUGGUAGAGACAACUACUACCCCCCUAGAGAAGCCCAGCCCCACCCCUCCAGCCUGCCCCGGGCCAUCUCGCCCCCUGGGCCCCCGCAGGUGGACCCCAGGUACUACCCAUCCUUGCCCCACCAGCACCGGGCCGCCCACCGCCAAGAUGUGCCCCCCACAACAGGCACCCGCAACCCCCGCUAUGAGACAGUGGGCAGGGGUGGGUACCGUGACGCCAGCCCCGGCCGUUUCGCCAGCCCUGAUCGCUCCGGCGGCGGCUACAGGGAUGGCAGGCAGCCGGACCCACGCCAGAAGAACGCCAUGAUCGGAGCAGUGUAGGUGCGAUAGCUAGAUGGACUCAGAUUAGGGUUGCAGAAUUAUUUCCCCAAAUUCCCAGAUUUUUCCGAAAUACUGGUUGGACGAUUCCAAGGUUUUCUGACCUUAUUUUGGGAAGAUUACUGAUUACUGCAACCCGAACUCAGACACACUCGUUCCUUCUCUACAGCCCCCUGUCUGAAAACAUCCUCGCCCCCCUACCUCGUUUGGUGUCUGCAGAUCUGAAGGAAUCAGAUUGGUGUAAGCAAUAAGGCUCCAACUAGAUGUCCAAUGGGCUUGAGCCAUACUGCUUACAGGGCUUUGAGAUCUACAAACAUCAAAGCGGUAGGGGAAGGGUCGCAUCCCAAAUGGCACUCUAUUCCCUAUGUAGUGCACUUAUUUUGACCAGGUCAAAAGUAGUGCACUGUGUAGGGAAUAGGGUGCCAUUUGGAAGGGGUGGUUUCUGGAACAGGCCAUCAUCGGAACACCACUCCUCUCAGCUGCAGACAUGUUUCAGAAGCAGUAAAGUUCUAUAUGUGUACUGGAUGUACAGUAUGUAUAGUGACAUGUUUAGAAAUGUGUGUGUUUCUUUAUGCAUGUGUGGGGAUGUAAAUAAUGACUUUAGAUUCAUAGGGGUCCCGAAUGACUGGAUGUAGUAAUAAUGUACAGAUCGGAUAGAGACUUUUAAUUGAAUACCAGCCGAGAUCUUGCAGGGUUGCUGGCUUGCACAAACUUUUUGCACAAGCUUAAAAACAGGCCCCUCCCCUUCUGCAACAACAGUGAGAGGCUAGGGAUGGUGAAGUUAGGGUUUCGAUUCAAAUGGCACCAUAUUCCCUAGAUAACGGAAGACAAAAAGACUGGACAGGAAGUUGACACUGGACAGGAAGUUGAUCCUAAGAAACAAGGUCAGAGGAACAGGAAGUGAGGAACAGGAAAUGAAGUCAACAUCGAAGCAUCUUUGCCCUCCUGCCAUGUCCCUUCCAUCCGCCUUUUAGAUGUGGGUGUUUUUUUGAAUGUUUUUUGUUUUGUUUUGGUUGUGGCCUUUGCUAAAAACAUUCCAUAAACUGUUGUUUGCCUAUAACAAAAUUCUGCCACCCAUAAUGUGUUUUUUUAAGUAAAUUUUAAUGUGUGUGGUGUUUAUGAUUAAAACGGCUAUGUCAAAUUUGGGUUAUGUUAUCACAAAGACGCUGUUGAACAAAUGAAAAGGUACGCUCUGUGUUGACUAACUAUAUUUAUUAAUCACAUGGUCUGUGUUCCAAAUGGCACCCUAUUCCCUAUAUACUGCACUACUUUUGAGCAGAACCCAUAUGGGUUGUGUCCAUAGCCCUAUGAACCCUGGUCAAAGGUAGUGCACUAAAUAGGGAAUACGGUGCCAUUUGGGACAUUGCCACAGUCUCCAGAGAUGAAGGCCUAAGAGAGACACUUAAACAUGUUACUCGUAUGCACUGGGAUUAUCCUUUCUCGCCAUUGAUAUCAUUUCCCUUGUCUGAUGGUAAAGAUUCCCAACGCUGACCAUAUCAUGUCAUAUUGUACGUUAAUGACGAUACAUUUUAACCUUUGUUUGUAAACGCAUGUUUUUAUAUUAUGCUUUGCAUUAAAUAUACAUUGUAAAUGAUCA